AUGGCGGAAUUCAUAACGACCCUGCAAGAACUCCAACAACUACCCGAUGGGCUACAUCUCCUCUGCCCUCGCCAAUCAGACGAAGACUUCGACCGCUACGAAGAUGAACACGACUGUGAGGGAGAAGGAGGACGGCCUGUUGAUCCGGCACGAAAGGCCAGGUUCCAGGAGACAAAGAUUCGUCGGAAGAAAUUCAUAUCCUCUCUCCAACUGCUAGCCUACGACGGCACUGAGAGUGAACAGUACCAGGCCUAUAUCUGGGACACUGUUGAUGCUGCUCUGGCCAGGUGCGACAUAUGCAUCCGGGAAUACUACAUUGCGAAGGUAGACUUCUUGGCCACGUUACGGGAAGAGUAUGAGGAAGAAGACAUCAAGAAUUUCUUUUCCAUCAUCAACCGACGGGAUGUCCAGCGAGUUACUCGAGGUCUGGAUUCUGCAGAUCAGACCCUCCAAAAUCUGCCCGGACCGAAAAGAGUAACAUCAGCGUUAACACCAAAGGAUCUACAUGCUCUCUACGAGGCCCUAGUGUGUGAAGUCUUCUUAAGAGAUGAAAACCUCCUCAAGGAACAUUUCGACAGUCCUUUCAAGACAAUACAAUCACGAAAACCGCUUAAGAUGCGGGAAAUCCUACCAGCCGCCACACGAUUUCUUUUCGAUACCAAUCCGGUGCGGCUAGCUUGGGCGAGUUCUAUCUGGAAACGGCUUGACAGAGUUGUGAAGGACAUAGAAUUUGACUGGGCUAUCAAAGACUUCCUGCAGGAGAAGGUGCAAUAUGCUGUCGAGCCUAGUGAUACCACCAGAUUGUGGUCCGCACUGAAGCUCAUUGUCAGCAAAUUAGAUCAUCGCAUGAUCACGUACAAGCUAUUCGAUCUGCAGCCGAAUCUUUGUACCACCGCUCUCAACCACCUUUCACGACGCUCAAGCGCGGUCCCUUUCAUUGUGCAGACUCUGGAAGACAUUCUCGACAAGGCUCCUGACGCAUUUUGGCAGGCAAUGGGCUCAAUCUCAUCCCAGACGAUCGUAGAGCAAAUCUUCGCGAGUCCAAACUUCAACCGGCACUUACAGGAGUCUGUCAGACCGAGUCCAGAGACAGAUGGGAAAAGCCACGUCACGAGCGACCCUCGAAUCGACAACGAUGUUUUGUCAUGGAUAUCAGCAUUCAUGGAAUCUCUUAAGCCGGCCAAUCGUCCGGCGGCUGCACAAACGAUAGUUGCUCAACUCUUUGAGAGGAUCAAUGAUAUCAGCCUUGUAGUCCCCGCGAGACUGAUCUGUUUUGAGACUGCUGUUUCCGUCCUUCUAAAAACAGUUAUCAGCUUCACUACCAAUCAAGAUGAUCAAAAGACCAUCGAGCGCCUGGUGUUGUCAGACACCCUCAAUCUCGUUGGGUACCGUUUAGAUGAGCUUCUCAACCCGAAAGAUCCCGCUUUGGCUGAAGCUAUGAGAGCUGUGAAGCCGCAGCUGCGAGGCGAUAUUCUAAACCUCACCAAAAAUGCCGUAGCACUCGAAUGUCAGUGUCUAAAAGCAGAUUUCGAGAUGAUCAGCACGAAAGUCAAUCUACGAAAGGGAUCAAGCUCAUAUACUCCGGAAUUAUGGACUGCGAUUAUCGACAAUCUGAGGGAUGACGAUCCUUCUUUAUCUUCGGCAGCAUUGCUUGGAACGAUGGCACUGCCGGGCUUGGAACAAUUUAGAAUAAGAGAAGGUUCGCCCGAUGUACAAGAAAGAAAGUCGUUCAACGCUAUCUUUGACAAAAUCACUGGUAUGCUUGGGAAACUUCUGGAAAGAAUUUCAGAGUUCAGCCCAGAUCAUCUGGAUCGUCUCUUCAGAGCUCAAGACACAAGCAUGUCUCUCAUUGCCGCCCUCUUUUCGCCACAUCAGAGCACAUAUGAAGCCGCCAUCGAACUGAUCAAGAACAUCAGCGGAGAGUCAGGUCGAAAAGAGGCGCUAGCACACCUGAUAAGCGCAUUCCUUGGUGUCACAAUCUACGGUAUUUGCUGGACUUUUCGGCGGAUUGCAAACUACAAGACCUUCGCCUCAGUUCCCCGAAUGCUUAAGACUGGCAUGGAAAUUCUGGAGAUUCUUUGCAAUUUGACCGAUGGCCAAUUAAGAAGAGCAAAAAUCUCCUCACGCGACGCAUCUGCUAUUCAGAGCUAUUGGUCCUAUCAGUGGAUCGCAUUGAGAGUCGUGUAUAGUCAAACUGAGAAAUGGUCACUCGAACUCCAUAACAAGGAGCUCAUGGUCGAGGUUUGCCGGGAUGCUAUGCAGUACGCCCAGGCCCUGUUUGACCAGUAUGACCUGUUCUCCAGUGUCAUUACGAAGGCGAAACCCGACAAAGCAAAAGAGAUUCACCGCCUGCUUCUCGAUUCUGACGAUCCAAGUGUCGGGUCACCUCUUGGUACUUUGGAUGCCAUGUCAAAGUGGCUCAGGUUGCGAGACGAGUACCUUGCUGAAACCUUGGUGUCACUCAUCACGAACAUGUUGUACCGGCUAAAAGGACACGAUGCCCUCAAUGCAGAGAACGAAGGCCUAAUCUAUAUUCAAGAAGUCACAACAAAGCAGUCUAUUAAGACCAUUCUGACUUCCUCUCAGAAAGCAAUCCUAGUUCGAGCGCUCGAAAACUACUGGGGUCGCCAAAUCGUGAAACCCGUUGUCAAGAAACAAGCCACCCUUAAUAUCAAAGGCUGGACCGAAUCAGCUGCUGUUGCCCGAUCCGACGCUUCCGCUUCAGAAUCUCGAGAUGUUGACGCAGACGAAUUCGGCGACGAUGAUAUCGCCGAUGAAGACCUCGUCGAGAUCGCGAGCAAGACACUUGGUACUCAGAAAGCGAGCAUUACUUCGAAAGACAAGAACCAAAUCAAGAAUCUGCUUAUACGGCAACAGCCUGUGAAACCGAAAGCUACGAAGCCAUCGACAGUGGACCUAGCUGCUAAGAAAGCUCAAGAAGCCAAGGCAUUUAUCGAAAACCGUAAGCGUGAAGAGGCAGCUCGUAAACUGAGAGACAAGGAAGCCGCCCUUAAGUUGCGGGGCAAGAUCGGCGUUGGCAAACAGACAGCAGGUCAGGGUUCUGGCCUUUCCGGUCUUGGAGUGGUCGGGAAGGAUCACACUGUUGGCAGCAGUGGGAUAAUGGUAUCAUCUGACUCCGAGUCGGAUACUGAUUCAGACGAAGAGCUGUUUGGGAAGCUCCCCAUCACCCAGGGGACUACAGUGCGCAAUCAGGCAGGUUUAAGAAAACCUCUGUCAACCGGCCCUGUACGCAAAGUCAAGCAAGUGCGCUCACAACGGGAUAUCAGAGCCCGACUUGCCCCGGAUCUGACCGAGCUCCACAGAACAAUCUUGAGUUGGGACUUCUUUGCAGAUACCGAUCUCCCACCGAAUUCCCAGAAGAACGAUUAUACCUUGGUCACAGACACUUUCCGCACUCCCCAGGACUACCAGAGUACGUUUGAACCACUCUUGAUACUCGAAGGGUGGCAAAGCUUUCGUGCAGCUCGUGAAGAUGGCACCUUCAAGCCUUUCGAGGUGAAAGUAGCCAAUUCUCUGAUUGUAGAUCAGUUUGUUGAGAUCAACUCCCAGGUGUCCAUGGCUGAAGGCAAGGACCUUGGCAUUAGUACCUCUGAUGUUGUGCUUCUCUCAAGGUCCAACCAGCCCGAUCGAGAUGCGAGCGAGCCACAUUGUCUUGCGCGGGUGAAGGAAAUCACGCGGAAAAAAGGCGAGGUUCAGAUCGUCUACCGCGUCUCCGCCUCUGCCAAUCCCCUGAGACCAUACUUGAAUGACCAAGCACUUGUGUACGGAGUCCAGAUUUUGUCACUCACACCAUUGGAGAGAGAAUAUGGUGCAUUGAUGGCGCUACAGUACUACGAUCUUUGCGAGGAAAUCAUCCGAGCCAAACCGUCGCCGAUUCUGGAUUACACAGAAGAAGACCUCGAGCCCCUGAAGAAAACCUACAAUGUCAACUUGGCCCAAGCCAAGGCUAUUAAGUCAGCCCUUGAUAACGACGCAUUCACCUUGAUUCAGGGUCCUCCCGGCUCCGGAAAGACGAAAACCAUUUGCGGUUUAGUCGGGGCUAUGCUCACUGGCUCCAUCAAGAAGCCCGACACCUCUGGCCAACGUUUGAACACGGCGACAGGGCGCCCUGUCGGUGCGCCUGCAUCUGCGAAGAAAAUACUCGUCUGUGCGCCCAGCAACGCGGCUGUGGACGAAUUAGUUAUGAGAUUGAAAAAGGGCGUUACUCUUAGGGAUGGCACCCACGAGAGAUUAUCCGUGGUGCGUUUGGGAAGGACUGACGCUAUCAACACCAACGUGAAAGAUGUUACACUUGAGGAGCUCGUCAACGCUAAACUCGGUACAGCAGCACCAAAAGAUCCUCGGGAUGAUAUUCACUCAGUCAUGAUGAAGCACAAAGCGAUCUCAGAGGAGCUUAAUGCACUUCGAAAUCGCAUCAACGAUCAACGGGGUCGAGGCCAACCAGUACCAAGCUCAGAGGAGCAACUUAUGGAUGCUUUGAAACGCGAGAAGAAUGGUCUCAGUUCGAAGAUUGACGAUAUGAGAGAACGUCAGAACACCGCUUCUCGUGAUAUGGACCUCAAUCGCAAGAGAAUACAGCAAGAAAUCCUUGACUCGGCCAACGUGCUUUGUGCCACCCUCAGUGGAAGUGGUCAUGAAAUCUUCCAGGGUCUCAACAUCGAGUUCGAGACUGUCAUCAUUGAUGAAGCGGCUCAGUCUAUUGAACUCUCCGCACUGAUUCCACUCAAGUAUGGCUGUUCAAAGUGUAUUCUGGUUGGUGAUCCCAAACAGUUGCCACCCACGGUCUUGUCACGGGCAGCCGCCAAGUUCCAAUACGAACAGAGUUUGUUUGCGCGUAUGGAGAACAACCACAGAAAAGAUGUCCAUUUACUUGACACACAGUACCGUAUGCAUCCGGAAAUCAGCCUCUUCCCCAGUAAGACAUUUUAUGAUUCUCGACUCAAAGAUGGUGCUGGCAUGGCAAAACUUCGACAUAGGCCGUGGCACAACAGCGAAGUCUUUGCCCCCUAUCGUUUCUUUGAUGUUCAGGGCAUGAGUCAAGCUGCAACCAAGGGCCAUUCGUUGAUCAACGUUGCCGAAUUGAAUGUUGCCAUGCAGCUUUAUGACCGAUUGUUGAAUGAUGUUCCGAAGUACAAUUUCUCUGGAAAGAUAGGCAUUAUUACACCUUACAAGGGACAGCUCAAAGAACUGAAGUUGCGUUUCAAACAACGUUAUGGUGAGGACAUAACUUCUAGAGUCGACUUCAACACCACCGAUGCAUUUCAAGGCCGAGAAAGUGAGAUCAUUAUCUUCUCCUGUGUGCGAGCAUCGACCAAAGGCAUCGGCUUCUUGAACGACAUUCGCCGUAUGAACGUCGGCUUGACGAGAGCCAUGUGUUCACUUUGGGUUCUCGGUAAUUCUCAGGCACUUAUGCAGGGCGAAUUCUGGAAGGCAUUGAUCACGGACGCGAAAGGCCGAAAUUUGUACACUCAGGGUGAUAUUACGAGCCUCCUCCGUCGGCCAGUCCUGACUGAUGCCAUGAUGGAGGCUGAUGUUGAGAUGAUGGACGUGGACGAACCAACUUCUGCGAUCGAGCCAGAGUCCGAUAAUCAUCACCAUUCCACAAUGGACUUGGAUCGGCCAGAAGUCGAGACUGCGCAGCCAGUCAUCAGUCGCCAAAACUCGGAUGCACGUAACUCGAACUCAAAAGGACCAUCGCCUGCGAUCACCAAACAGCCCGAUUCUAGACCUGGAUCCUCCUCGGUCCAACCGACCCCUUUGCCGUCAAGACCAAGCAGCAGAUUAUCCAGCGACUCACCCAUGUCGACCUCCUCCAAGCCUGACGCUGGGCGCCUUGAUCCGUCACGUCCCGAGAGCAAGAGAGAACUGAUCAAAUCUAACACCACGGGCUCAAAUAAAGCGCCUCCUGCACAGGUACGCCCAGAGGCAUACUCGGAUUCAAAGCUUAGCUAUUCAGAACAGUCUCGGCCUGGGACCCAUGGUCCAUCUGGGGGUGGUAAUGGGUUGAAUGACCUUGCCAAUUGUGCUAUCUGUGGGUCAUAUGAUCAUUACAGCUUCAAUUGUGACAAUGAAGUGGCCAAGGCUGCAGCCCUGGGCAAUUGUCACCGUUGCCAUCGUCCCGGGCACAACUAUACCGGCUGCACAGCGCCGCGAUGCAUCACUUGUGGUGAAGUUGGGCAUGCUAGCGAGAGCUGUAUGGCGCCUAUUAGGCAUAGGUUAACCAAAGCUCAACAAGUCGAAGUACACAAGCAGGAAGUUCGCUUUGGAAUUGCCAGGGACAAAGCGAGAGAACGACGGGCCGAAAGACAACUUGGCGAGCAUGGAGCCAAAAUCCCUACGGUCAAGAGUACAUUGCCAUCAGCCAACGGCCAAGCUUCCGAUGCGAAGAGGAAGAGAGAUGAAUCAACGGAAUCUUCUGACCGUGGGAAGGUGAAACGACGUGACAAGGCGGCCGCCGGGAAGGUCCCAGCCCAUAAUCCAGGUGUGCCGAACAACAAUUCUGCACCCAACACGUUCUCUCGUCCUCCGCCGACUGGACCUAGUGCAGGUGUCGUAGGUCUCUCGCGACCACCACCAACAGGUUCAGCGGAGCUACCACCACGGCCUCCGACGGGACCUGGAGGUCGACCAGUGACGAUGAACAAUGGACAACCGAUGGUGCGGAAGAAGAGGGCCAACGCCAACGACAUGUUUGUGAAGAGGAAAUGA